AGCGUGUGUAGUUGCACAUCCAGGCCAGCAGGGGGCGGUAAACUUCUCUCUGGACCUCUGCCUGUAGCUCCCUCAUACAGAGAUUGUGUAUACGGAAGAUGACUCACUCUAUUUCGUCUUCCUGACGGGCGACUACAACUACCACCAGGUGCGAAUGUGAGCAGAGUAGAGCGAGACGACCCGUAAAGUAGAGCAGAGUGAGACGUCGUGUGUUGUUCCUCCUCUGUAGCAGCCGUGGUUGCUUUCCGCUCCGCAGGAAUGUUGGACCCCAAACACUGGACGAAGGUCUGCUGAGUGACAGCUCGUAACGUUUCUGUGCAGGAGUAUGAGAGUCCCCUCACCGCCGAGCUCAACAUGAGAGAGUGGUGGAUCCAUGUGGGUUUGAUCUGCAUCCCGCUGGUAGCCGUCUACCUGCACAUCCCGCCCCCCCAGCUGUCUGCUGCCCUGCAGAAGUGGCACGGUGCCGGGGAGGUGUUCCACUUCAGGGGCAGGGAGAUCUUCUACAGAGACUCCUACGGUGCUUUGGGAAGCUCCGAUGUCGUCAUUCUCCUCCACGGCUUCCCGACCUCCAGCUACGACUGGAACAAGAUCUGGGACCCACUUACCCAGCGUUUCCAUCGAGUCAUCGCUCUGGACUUUCUGGGUUUUGGCUUCAGUGAGAAGCCGCGACCCCACAGAUACUCCAUCUUCGAGCAGGCCAGUGUGGUGGAGGCUCUGGCGGCUCACUUGGGUCUGAGCAACCAGCGAGUGAAUCUGAUUUCCCACGACUAUGGAGACACCGUGGCCCUGGAGCUGCUUUACAGGAGUGACCAAAAUCGCACAGGUCACCUGAUCUUUAACAGCCUGUGUCUUUCUAACGGAGGAUUAUUCCCGGAAACACAUCACCCACGGCUGCUGCAGACGAUACUGAAGGACUCCAGUUUUCUGGCUCCAUUUCUGACACGUCUCACCAACUUUAUGAUCUUCCAAAAGGGGAUUGGAGACGUCUUUGGUCCGUACACGCAGCCCACAGACGCAGAGUUUUGGGACAUGUGGACGGGUAUACGCUACAACGAUGGCAACUUAGUUAUGGACAGUAUUCUGCAGUACAUCAACCAGAGACUAAAACACAGAGAGCGAUGGGUGGGCGCACUCACUUCCACCUUCGUCCCACUGCACAUGAUCUACGGACCCCUGGACCCAGUCAACCCUCAUCCCCAGUUCAUCCGUCUUUACCAGAAGCUGGUCCAGAGGUCGACCGUCACCAUUUUAGACGAGCACAUCAGUCACUACCCUCAGCUGGAAGAUCCCACCGGCUUCCUCAACGCAUAUUUCAAUUUCAUUCACUCUUUCUGAACCAAAAUGCAACGCCCGCGUUCCAAGAAUGAAAUCAAGCCACUUGGUACUUUUGCUUUCAGUGAUACAUGACCUUUCCUGAUGAUUGUAAACAGGAGAAAAGACGAGCUAAUUUACCAGCAACAACCCCUGAAAUGUCAAUUAUUGACAUUCAAAGAUCAAAUGUGAGCUAGAAACUUGAUUGUAUUUAAUGCAACUAAUCUGAUGGACAGUGUUAAUUUAUGAAACCGCGGAUGAUGCAUGAUACUUAAGUUAUGUUUGGUUGUGUGAUUAUUGAAUUUAUCUGUGGGACACAUGUUUCGAUUCCCUCCAUUUUCCGUUGGUUGCGAUCAGUUGCGCUCUGAAUGAAUUUUGAUAUGAUUUUCUACA